UAGCGGGAAAGUUCCGCUGUGAGCGGGCGGGGUCGGUUACAGGACGUGGCCGAAGUGACCUGGGCAGCGUCCAAGGAGGCAGCGGGCCUGGCUCGCGUACCUCCUCUUGCAGGACCAGGUUUGGACGCCCUUACUUACAUCCACACCCUGUACCCCAGAGGAUACCCCAGUCCCAGAAUACAGCCACGUUUUCUUCCACUGCACUGCCUCCUGAGGACAUCUGCCCUCUGCACACCACCUUCCAGUCUGAGGAGGAAAUGGAGGCGGGUUCUCAACCAGUUCCCUCCCAGCCACCUGUCAGCUUCAAGGAUGUGGUUGUGAGCUUCACGCGUGAGGAGUGGGGACAGCUAGACACAGUUCAGAGGACACUGUACCGCGACGUGACUCUAGAGACAUGUGGCCACCUAGUCUCCCUGGGGCUUCUGCUCCCCAAUCUGGAUGUGAUCUCCCACCUGGAGAAUGGUGAAGACCCAUGGAGGGCAGAGCAGGAACCUCCUACCCGAGACUGGAAGACUACACUUGAAAAGAAAGAGUUACCUUCUAAAGAGGAUACUGCUGUGGAAGAGCUAUCCUUCCAUGUAAAUAUGAAAUGCUGUGUAGAGAGCCCCUGGUCUGUGCAGGGCUGGAGGGACCAGCCCAGGGAGCAGCAGGAGGAAUCUUUGAGUCAAAUUGUACUUACGUUGGAGGAGUUUGUGCAAGAGGAAUAUUGUGAACAUGAUCUUGAGGGAAGUUGUCAGAGUGAAAGCCUUCUACCUCCAGCAUUACCUGCAAAAACACCUGUACACAAGCUUGACUCACAGUUUCGACAGUUGCAACAGAGUUCAGUUUUUGUCAAUCAUUGGAAAGGCUGGACCAAUCAGAAGCCCUGUGAAAAUCUUGAAAGUGCCAGAGCCUUCUCCCAAAACAUUCACUUGCAUAAACUUGCAAAUGUUGAAAAGGAAGAUAAAAAACCUCAUGAAUAUACUGUCAGAAGUGACUCUUUGAACUAUGGUACCUCUGUUCAUUUCCAUAAAAGAAUAUUUUCAUCAGAGAACAGUAAUGAUUGUAAGGCCUAUAGAAAUGUUAUUAACCAUAGCAUGUCUCUGAAUGAAAACCAACCAGUACAUUUUGGAGAAAGUCAAUAUGAGUGUGACAAACACUUUGUGCAACCUGAAGUAAUGGUUGGAUAUCCUGGAUGUGAGGAGGAAUGCAGUGCCUUCCACGUGGCCUCAUCUUUUAGUGACUGUGACAUCAAUCAGAUGAGAAAGAAGCCACAUGCAUGUAAUCAAUGUGGAAAAUCUGCCAGCUGUUACUCUAAGCUUGUACACCAGAGAGCACACACUGGAGAGAAGCCAUGUAAAUGCAGUCAUUGUGGUAAAGCCAUCUCUGGGAGUUUUCACCUUUCACAUCAGAGAAUUAACUUGGGCGAGAAUCCCUAUGAGUGUAGUGACUGGGGGAAAUCUUUUAGGCAGCAAUCACAGCUUGGUGUGCAUGAGAAAAUCGACACUGGAGAUAAACCUUAUGAAUGUAGUCAUUGUGGAAAAGCUUUCAGGUGGAGAUAUCUCCUCACUGUGCAUCAGAGAACACACACUGGAGAGAAGCCCUAUCAGUGUAAUGUGUGUGUUAAAGCCUUCAGUGGUCGGUCUGCUCUUAGGAAACAUGAAAGAACACACACGGGUGGAAAACCCUUUGAAUGUAAUGACUGUGAAAAGUUCUUUAACCAGCAGAGUCACCUUACUAGGCAUCAGAGAAGUCAUACUGCAGGGAAACCUUAUUUGUGUGCUCAUUGUGGAAACUCUUUCAGCCGUAGCUCUGACUUUGUUGCACAUAGACGGAUUCACACUGGAGAGAAACCUUAUGAAUGUCACCACUGUGGGAAGUCUUUCUGGCAGCAAUCACAGCUUGUUGUGCAUCAGCAGACUCAUACUGCAGAGAAGAAAUUUUAUGAAUGCAGUCAUUGUGGAAAAGGUUUCAAGUGGAGAUCUCACCUCAUUCUACAUCAGAGAACCCACACUGGAGAAAAGCCCUAUGAAUGCAUUGAAUGUGGGAAAGCCUUCAGUGAUGGGUCAUCUCUUAGAAAACAUGAGAGAACACACACUGGCGAGAAACCCUAUCACUGCAACCACUGUGGGAAAUCUUUUCGGCAGCAAUCACAGCUUGUUGUACACCAGCGAACCCAUACUGGAGAGAAACCUUAUGAAUGUAAUCAUUGUGGAAAAGCUUUCAGCCAGAGAUCUAUCCUAACUGUUCAUCAGAGAACACACACUGGAGAGAAGCCCUAUAAGUGUAAAAUUUGUGUUAAAGCCUUCAGCCAGAGAUACCUCCUCAUUGUGCAUCAAAGAACACACACUGGAGAGAAGCCUUAUCAGUGUAACAUGUGCAUUAAAGCCUUUAGUGGUCGGUUAGCUCUUAGAAAGCAUGAGAGAACGCACACAGGUGAGAAACCCUGUUAAUGAAUGCAAUCAUUGUGAAAAGGCCUUUACUGGGCAGAGUCACUGUACUGGGCAUCAGAAAGUUCACACUGGAGAGAAAGCAUAUUUUUGUGCUCAUUGUGGAAAGUCCUUCAGCAGUAACUCCUAUUUUUG